GUGAGACUUGGUGUUGAAGUCUAGAUACACUGAUGACAGACUGUGGAGGUUGCACUUCAGAAGUGUCUGUUGAUUAUGUGCUUGAUAUUAUCACUGAGGUAUCUUUUUGUAUUUUUCUGCCGGGGAUGGGCCAGAUUGGGAAGGGCGGUACGAGGGUGGGACUUGGUGUUGAUAUUUUGGAACAUCAAAGGUGGACAGGGUUUUCGCGGAGGUCGCUCCUCAGAUAUCUCCACAACUACAGAUCGGGGAUCUUCCAAAAUCGAGAAGAUUGGUGCAUAUGGCUAUGUCUCUUCACCUUACAAUUUGUAUGGCACUUUGGCCCGGGGUUGUGGUGUGGUAGGGGUGAACGGGGGAUAAUCCCACACGGGAGUUUCGAACAACGUGUAGUUCACGUUUGGCUGGAUAUCUCCACCACCACACGGGGUAUGCGGUCGGCGAUGGGGUCCAAAUGCUCGUAUGAUCGAGGGCUUUUCGAUGGAUCUAUCGGCGGGUUCUUAUUCGAAAAAUCGAGCGAGUUCGUGGUGGGGCGGUUGAGAUUCUUCUUUAAUCUGAUCCACUUUUUCAUAUAG